AUGGAUCAAAUAAAAAGACGGUACUGCUCAACCGUUGAUGCACCCGCACAAACUACCGGUCACUGUUCUCCUCCUAAACGAGUUAAAUUUGAUUUAGAUGAAGAUAUCAGACGACGCGUAGAAACAACCACGUCCGAAGAAGAAACAGAGCAAAUUGUAGUCGCGUCUUCUUUUAAUAAAGCACAACUACAACAAUCACCGAAACCACAAAUGAACUCGAGCAAAAACUCUCUGCUGCUGGAGCUUCGGGAAGAACAAGACGCAUUAACAAAUUCUCAAAAAAAACUUGCAAAAAAAUUACAGAAAAGUAUAGUAGAGUUUUAUUGCAUUCCCGCGAGUAGGAUAGAAGAUAUGACUGAUGAAGACAGCAAUGGACUUUCUGGUGACGAUGAUUAUGAUAAUGCCAUGGAACGAGAACGUGUUCCCUUUGCCAAUGAUCGAAAAUUAGUGUACAAAAUAUUAAGCGCCGUGUAUAAACGUACUGUUACACCGAAUAUUGAUGUUCUCGAAACGUAUAAGCCUUGGAGCCCUCAGGUUUAUGGUGAAUUAAAACGGAAUUUAAUUCAUGAUAUAAUUCAGAAAACAGCAUUGACACAGAACUCUAUAUUUCUGGACUUUGGAUGUGGGGUCGGUAAUGUGAUCUUGCAGGUGGCUGCGGAAGCAGGUUGCUCUGUCUACGGUAUAGAAUUUAAUCGAGAACGAUAUGAGAUGGCUAUCAACCAACUAGAUGAAUUUCGUAAUAAAAUGCGGCGAUAUGAAGUUCCGCAUGGCGAGGUCACAAUAUAUCAUGCCGAUUUUCUAAACUGUCCUCCGAUAAACGCGAUCCUUUCAAAAAAACAAAAAGUUGUUGUAUUAGUAAAUAAUUUUAUGUUCGAGGAAGAAACACGAUUGAGUCUGUUACAGCUGUUUCUACAGCUAGAAGACAGUGGGCAGAUUGUUUCGUUGAAGUCGUUUCGAUUGGGACGACAUAAAAUAAACGGCUGGAACUCGGGAGAUAUCGCAAAUAUAUUGCGAGUAGAAGAAUACCCAUACGGAAAGGGAUGGGUGUCGUGGAGCGCUAGUGAAGGAAAAUAUUUCGUCGCCACAGUAGAUCGAAGCAUCUUGCGCGAAUGGGAAGAGAAACAAGUGAAUGGAUUCAUAGGGCCUGAAACAAGAGUGACAAGAUCGUCAC